UUCAGGUUACAACACUUGCAGGUUCCUGCCACAGUUACGUCUGUGUUUUGACAGCCAGCAGCCAGGCAGCAGGAUAUAUCUGCUCCCCUCGAAGGCUGCACUUCUUUACAGCGUUUUGGACUCCGAGAAGCACCAAAGAAAUGACUUUACCGUCGAGGAUUUAGCAAGUUUUGUGUUGUUUUGUACUUUAAUCCUUCCUGAAAGUGAGCUGAACGUCGCACUUAUCACCAUGAGAAGCAGGAGCAAUUCCGGCGUAAAGCUGGACAACUAUGCCCGGAUGGUGCACCAAACUAUCCUGAGACACCAAGAUCCAGUGACGGGUCUGCUGCCUGGCAACUCGGAUCAGAACCACUCGUGGGUCAGAGACAAUGUGUACUGCAUCCUCUCAGUGUGGGGGCUCAGCCUGGCCUACAGGAAGAACGCUGACCGCGACGAAGACAAGAGGCCAAGGGCCUACGAACUGAGCAGGUACGUGGUGAAGCUAAUGAGAGGCAUCCUUCAGUGCAUAAUGAGACAGAUGGAUAAAGUGGAGAAGUUUAAAUACAGCAGAAGCACCUCAGACUCGCUCCAUGCUAAGUACAACACCAACACCUGUGCUCCGAUAGUGGGAGACGAUGAGUGGGGUCACCUGCAGGUCGACGCCACCUCCCUCUUCCUGCUCUUCCUCGCUCAGAUGACUGCUUCCGGUCUCCAUAUCGUCUACACUCAAGAUGAAGUGGACGUAGUUCAGAAUCUCAUGUUCUACAUCGAGACGGCUUACAAAGUGGCUGAUUAUGGGAUGUGGGAGAGAGGAGACAAAACCAACCAGGGCAUCACCGAGAUUAACGUCCAGCUCUAUAGGCAGGCUAAGGCGGCUCUGGAGGCCCUGGACGACCUCAACCUUUUCGGAGCGAAAGGAGGACCGGGGUCUGUGGUCCACGCUCUGGCUGACGACAUCCAGCACUGCCAGUCCAUCCUGACGUCGAUGUUACCCCGAGCCUCCAUCUCUAAAGAGGUGGACGCAGGAGUCCUCGCCAUCAUCUCGUACCCCGCCUUCGCUGUGGAGGACAUCUCCAUCGUCAACAGGACCAAGGAGGAGAUCAUCUCCAAACUGCAGGGUCGGUACGGCUGCUGCAGGUUCCUCAGAGACGGACACAAGACCCCGAAAGAGGAUCCAAACCGCCUGUAUUACGAGUCUGCAGAGCUGAAGCUGUUUGAGAACAUCGAGUGUGAGUGGCCGUUGUUCUGGACCUACCUCAUCCUGGACGGCAUCUUCAUCAACAGCCCCGAGCAGGUGCAGGAGUACCAGGAGGCUCUGGAGGGGAUCCUGAUCAAACAGAAGGACGGGAUCCGGCUCGUGCCUGAGCUCUACAGCGUACCUGCUGAUAAGGUGGAGGAGGAGUAUGUGAACCCCCACUCUGUGGAGAGAGUCCCGAUGGGGAAAUGUCCUCUGAAGUGGGGACAGUCUCUGUACAUCCUGGGUAACCUCCUGUCAGAGGGAUUCCUCGCCCCUGGAGAGAUCGACCCUCUUAACCGACGUUUCUCCACCAUCCCCAAACCUGACGUGGUGGUACAGGUGUCGAUCCUGGCGGAGACGGAGGAGAUCAAAGAGCUGCUGAUGAAGAACGGCAUUGAGGUGGAGACGGUCGCUGACAUCUAUCUCCACGUGCAGCCCUCCAGAGUCCUGAGCCACAUCUACGCCCGACUCG